AAGUCACCCUUUGGCAAGCACGUAAGUAGUCGUUGAUGGUAACACUUUGCUUGCGAAUGCGAAGCAUAGCAAUUACACCAAGGAAACAAUCAAUACCAUGCAAUAUAUGAAACCGGCGUUUCGAAACGCGGCUUUCUACUGCCACGCCUUUUCUCGCUCCUUAACCUUAAACUCUAACCCUCUCCACCUCGUCUCCCCAUUUGGAAGACCCCAAACGUUUCGCCUCGCACCACCCAUUUCGUGCUUCUCCUCCUUAAUGGCGUCUUCGCUGGAGAAGCAAUUCGACGACUUUAGGGUUCAGUUCGAAGAAUCUGGAACCUUGCGCGAACGAAUUCGAAGCGUCGUUUCGGAGAUCGAGUCCUCCACUAGACUCAUCUAUGUCACCCUUCUUCUCGUUCACCAGUCUCGCCCCACUCCCGAGCUUUUAGAGAAGGCCAAGUCUCAGGUUAAUGUGUUAAAGAAGCAGUAUAAGCAACUUGCUGAAGUUGUUGGAGGAUACCCUGGGCAAUACUAUAGAUGAUUAAGUUCGGAGGAACUGUUUAUCUUCUAACUUUUUAGUGUUUUUUUUCUUCCUUUUUGGGUAUGUAAUCUUUUUGUGUGUUGUAGGUAUCAUGGUGAUUGGAAGAGUGAGACGCAGCCCGUAGUUUCGAUGCUUACUUUUAUGCACUGGCUUGAAACAGGAAGCCUUCUCGAGCACAAAGAGGCAGAGGAAAAACUUGGGUGUAUGUCUUAAUACUCUCGUGUUAGUUAUUGCCAUGUCAAUCAAUGUUUUAUUCAUUAGGUAGGUAGGUAGGUAUGCAUGCAUAUGUUGAUGUCAUUGCGCAUUAUUAAUAACUAUAUAUUACUUCAAUGCAUUAUAUAGUCCUAAGUUUUUAAGCAGCAGGGGAUUGUAAGUUUCAAACUGAUGUCUUUCGUAAAAUAAGCAUAUGCAUGAAAGAGUUUCACGGUUAGGCAAAGUAUUGAAGGACUUGGUGUUUACCACAUUGAUAUCUAAAUCGUAAACAGGGAGAAGGGAAAAUAAAAGGAACGCCAUGCAUAAGGGCAGAACUAUGUGUCCAAUAUUUGGCAUUAAUUAGCUGUACAGCUUUCACAUAGUUGUUCUAAAGAACUCCAUAUCAUUCAUGUUGCUAUAUAGAAGAAACAGCCAACAUUAUUUUUGGCAUAACGAAUGUCCUGCUGAACUAUUGUUAUUUGUUCUACAUUGAGAUAUUCUAAAUCUAAUGAAGGUUGCACUUUACACUGGUGUAGAAUGGUAAGAUCAAGGGACUGGGUUCUUACAUAUAUAAUUUAUAAUUUAUUAUAUAGGUACUUGUAAGCUGUAAAAAUCUGAACCAUUGAUUGUCCAAUUGGUGGGUAUCAACUCAAUACUUUAAAAUUUAAUGCGUGCCCUACAUAUUAGAAGUACCAAAAUCAAAGAUUAUUUAAACUGAAAUACCUAGAGUUCAUUGUUUUACAUUUAAGAGUCUUGCCUCAUGUAAAUUUCCAUUAACACGAGUUUUAACAUCUAACUGGGAUAGCUAAGCAUAUUUUGGACAGUUAAAUUUUCCAACCUUUUUCAAUGCUAUUCUAAAUAAUAAGAGCCAUUGUGAUUGAACUUAUGAUUGUAAUAAACUUCUAUAGUUUUAUAUCAAAUUAUAUUAUUGAACAUAUAGUUCUUAGUUGAUUGUUUAUGUCAAUUUAUUUGUUUAUCUUCUAUUCUUCUAUAUGCACCAUGCCCAUUCCUGUCUUUUGUGACUCAGAAUAAGUGGAAACAAAAUGUAUUUGUUUUUUUUCCUACCUGUUUUUUUGCCAUAAUGUCAACUACUUUCCGCACAUAGCACUGAGAUUUAUAAGUUCUGUUUGCUUAUUGUUAUGUUGCAGCGAAUAAUAGUUCAGAAUUUGGCCUAGAUGUUGAAGAUUACUUAAUACAUGAGCCUUCUAAAUAUGUACAUGCAUUAAUUUUUUCUGUGUAAUGAUCAUUUAUGGAGAUGAAUAUGAUUCUAUUGCAUGUUUUCUUAGGCGGGCUUCCUUCAGGAAGUGGUGACUAAUUUAAAUAUGAUUUUCAUUUUGAAGAACAUGGGUAUGGCAGUCAGAAUCAGCAGGGUUUCCAAGGCAAAGGAGCUCAAUAACCAAAUGUGUAAUGUUAUAAUGUUAUAUUUAGUCAUUCCUCAUUAGUACAGAUGAUUCUUAAGUUUUUUACUCUGAUUAAAGAAGUCAACCAAAAUCAUCCAACCCACAACUCCAUCUUUUGAUUUGAGUCAUAGGUCUAGUUUUUACCAAUCACAUUGCAUAGCUGAUUAUGAUUUCAGAGUUUUGCUGUUUAUACUGAUGUUGAUACAUUUAUACCAUGCAGGUGUCUGUUUUAUGUCUAAUGAAUUGCCGAGGUAUGUGGUGAAUCAAGUGACUGCUGGGGUGGGGACUAUGAUUGUCUAAGGAAGGUCUUAAAGUUCUUAACAGAUCUCCAUGCUGCAUUCCGCAUGCUUAAUUUUCGCAAUGAUUUUUUGCGAAAGAAGUUUGAUGCGUUAUUACUUGUACCUUGUCUAUGCAUAAUUUCUUUUCUUUCCUGUUGUCAUUGCAUUACCUUCAUCAGAUAAUGGUGCUGAGUACUGAUAUUGUAUUCUCAGUGUUCUCACAAAUAUUUGUCAUCUUAAAACAAUAUUGGUCUACUAAACUAUAAUAAUUAAUACAAGCUGUGUGUACCAAAGGUAUUUGCGGCAGUUUACAUGGAGUUG